AUGUUUGCCUUUGUUUUCUCCUCUCCCAGGCUCACUGAACCUUCAGGGUACGUCACGGAUGGGCCUGGGAAUUACAAAUACAAGACAAAAUGCACCUGGCUCAUUGAGGGAAGGCCAAACACAAUCCUCAGGCUUCGGUUCAAUCACUUUGCCACGGAGUGCAGCUGGGACCACCUGUACGUGUACGAUGGAGACUCCAUUUACGCUCCCUUACUGGCAGCUUUCAGGGGCAAGAUGAGACUGUGUCAACGUUGCAGCUUCAAAAAUCUGCAGUAAAAGAGCGGGGAGGAAACAAAUCCAGAAGAAA